AAGGAUACACAAGCCCCGAAAGCAGCAACAAUAUUUUAAAAUUGGAUAUGGCUGUCAACGAGAUUAUGGCACCAACAGUCAAUGCUAACUGUCAAUACUCGACCAGAUAUUGCUGGGAAGCUGAAAAAGUCAAAUCAUUGAUCAGAUUACGCGCUGAACUCUCACCACUCUUCACGGGCAAAAGAAACGCCUCGAAAUAUGCCUGGGCGGUCGUGGAACGUGAGCUUAAUGUGCCGCUGCCACUGUCGAAGAUCAUCAAGAAAUGGAACAAUCUGCUGCAGGAGUACAAGGCCAUCAAAAUGUCCGAGGAGCCGAAGCGACGCGAGUGGCCAUUCUUUACAUUGAUGGACGUGUACUUCAGCGAUCAGGUGAACGAUCCCUCGUUGCGCCUGUUCUCGUCCACCAAGACGCUAAAGGAGACACUCGACGACAGUGUUUUUGAGGAUGAUCCAAUUAUUGCGUCCGCCAUUGCGGCAGCCACCAGUGGCGCCUACAUGGAGAUCGAUGAGCUCAUCAGGCGGCAGAAGGAACGCGCAGCUCUGGCUGCCGAGCGGAAGCUGGCAGCUGCGGCCAGUGGCGCCAGUGGCGAUUACAAAUACGAUUUGAAGCCAAUGCUGGGCAACAACAGCAGCAACAAGUUCAACAGCAACGAGAUGGUGAAGCUCUCCAAGAGCGUCGACGAUUUGUCCAUGCAGCAGUACAAGAUCAAGCAGGAGCUAAUGCGCCAGCGCGAGCAAGAGCAGCAAGAGAAUAUGGUAAAGAUCAAACAGCACGCUCGCCAGCAACAGCAGCAGCAGCAACAGCAACAGCAACAACAACAGCAGCAGCAACAACAACAGCAGCAGCAACAUCAUCAGGCCCAACAGCAGCAGCAGCAGCGUUUUAUGAGCCAGCAGCCGUCACUUUCGCCGCAUCCGCAUCGCAUGUCCUCAUCGUCGACACCGCCGGGCUUGCAGCAUGCGCUGCAGCAGCAGCAGCACAUAUUGCAGCAGCAACAGCAGCAUCUGCAGCAGCAGCUGCAACAGCAGCAGCAACAGGCCCAGCAGCAGCUACAGCAGGCACAGCAGCAACAGCAGCAGCAUCAUCAUCAGAUCGCACACCCACAUCAGACAGCCACGCCGCGACCCAGUUCGCCGCCCACCACCGCUCAGCAGAUCCAUAUUACGGCCACACAGCAUCAGGCAGCCCAACAGCAGCUGCAACAGCAACAGCAGCAGCAGCACAAGCAACAACAGCAGCAACAGCAACAGCAACAGCCCUACACCGAUCCCAAUACCAUAGAUCAGUACCUAUUGUCGUGGAAUAACUUUCAUGGCAACAUGUGCCGUGGCUUUCACUCCCUGCAGAAGGACGAGAAGAUGGUGGAUGUGACCAUCGCAGCAGGCGGCAAGAUAUUUAAGGCACACAAACUGGUGCUGUCCGUCUGCAGUCCAUACUUCCAGCAGAUCUUCCUCGAGAAUCCAUCCAGUCAUCCCAUACUGCUGAUGGCAGACGUUGAGGCCAGCCACAUGGCUGGCUUGCUCGACUUCAUGUACAGCGGGCAGGUGAACGUCAAGUAUGAGGAUCUGCCCAUUUUUCUCAAGGUCGCCGAGGCCAUGAAAAUCAAGGGACUACACACAGAGAAAAACUUGGACAGCGAUGCCAGCGACAUUAGUUCGCCGCUGGAAAGCGAUGGCACCGAGUGCCGCUAUGAGCGUGGAACGCACAGCGUCAAUAUAACUAGUGGACAUGCCGCCGGCUAUGGCGCCACAGCUCUGGAACAGUCUUCUCUUAAUGGCCCCAAUCGGUGUGCCACGCCCUUAUCGCUGGCCAGUCCGGGAGCGGGUCAGGCUCAGACUCAGCAGAGUCCGGGCUAUGCCGGCUUUCGGGAGCACAUCAAAUCGAAGGCCACUCUGGCCGAGAGCUUUAUGAAGAAUCUCAAUCGCAACAAUAACAACAGCAGCAGCCCCAACAACAACAACUACAACAGCAACGACAACAACAAUAACGCAAGAAAUCCGAAUGUGGCCAAUGGGGAGAGCAACUCCUAUGCGAUCCUGCAGGCAAACAGCAAGAAGAUGCUCGACUCGGCACGCAAACAGCACAAAUAUCUGGCUAAACGCAAGGUCUUGAUGCACUACAAUACCGAGCUGGGCGGCGAGAAGCGCUUGAAGGAGAUGGAGAGGGAUCGCUAUCCAAGCGCUGAGCAGCACGACGAUGCCCUGAAUAACAACCAUGCCUAUGCACACAGCCAGGAUAUUAUGGAGCCAAUCACAACGAUUGUGCCAAGGACACCAGAACCACAGCCGCCACCAUCAACGCACAAUAACAAUUUCAAGAUACGCCUUGUGGAGAAUCAUCAUCUGACAAACAGCAACAACAACAACAAUAGCAGCAGCAGCAGUUGUGGUAAGAACUCCAGCAGCAAUCAGCAUGAUGAUGAGGAAGCCUUGAAUCUUGUACAAACUCCCAAUGUCAAUGGCAAUCGAGCACGCCCAGAGACGCCAACGCCUCCGCCAAAUAUACAACUGGUGAAGCGUGAAGUUGAGCUGGAGUCAUCACCAGGUGAGACAGCCCCCAACAACAACAACAACAACAAUGGACACGAUGAGGAUCUCACUGCCUAUGACCGUAAAUAUGAUGACAACAACAACAAUCGCGGCUUGGAUAUGGAAACCGAUUCGAACAACAAUAACAGCAGCAGCAGCAACAAAGCCAACACGGAGACCAACAACAAUGGAGUCGAAGAUGGAUUGGCACUGGCACUUGGCAAGCAUAAACUGUUAAGUGCAAUCAAUCGUAAUCUGGAACUGGAGCAGCAACAUGUUGCUGAACGGGAUCGGGAACGGGAACGGGAACGUGAACGGGAACGGGAAGAUGCAACAGAGCAUGGCGGCAGUAGCAGCAACAACAACAAUAGCAGCAAUGGCGAGCACGACAACGAUGACAACAAUGACAACAACAACAACAAUUACAGCCAGCAUCUGGAUUUGAGCACCAUCAAGAAUAUAGCCACAGCGGAGAUUUUGUGUGGUCUAAAGAGCAAGGUGCUCAAGCUGGAGGAGGAGCAGCGCGAGCGGGAGCGUGAGAGGGAGCGAGAGAGAGAUGCCUGUCGCAGUCUGAACGAAAUAAAGAAUGCUGAUUGAGGCGGCGACAGGGUGAUUUUUGGGCGGGGGGCAUAAAUAUAUAA